CCAGAUUGCAAGGAUGAGUCGGGUAAAGCUUCUCCACACCUGGGUUCCGACCCUAGAAGGGCGGGGCGAAGCGGCAGUGCAGGGGAAGGAGAAAGGAGAGUAGGCGACAGGAAUUGAGGAAUCCCGAGAUGACCCCAACCCCGCGCAGGAGAGGCAAGAGGCGCGGCUCCGGCGCAGAGUGGGCGGAGAAAGGGCUUCCGGGACGGCGCGCGCGGCGGGAGGGGCGGGGCCUGAGGCCAAGCACCACCUACGUCGGGCUGCGUGACUAUGAGACUGGCGGCGGGACGCGGCUACCGCGGCUGCGGGGCUCGGGGGGGCGGAGCCGCCGCGGGUGCCGCCGCAGCCCCGGUCGGGAUUUGAAAGAUUGAAAACUCCCGGUGGAGAGGGAGGCGGCGUUGAAUGUGUGGCGAAAGCUCUGGGGGUCACGGCUCCGCGCCCGGCCCGGCCGGCGGCGGCGUCUCCAGAGCAUGAAUUACCCGGGCCGCGGCUCUCAGCUCAGCCCCGAGCAUAACGGCCGGGGCGGCGGCGGCGCCUCCUGGGAGCUGGGCUCGGAUGCGGAGCCGGCGUUCGGCAGCAGCGUCCGCUGCUUCGACCACCUGACUGCUGGGGACCCGGGCGACGAUGAAGUGCCCCUGGCCCUGCUGCGCGGGGAGCCAGGGCUGCAUUUGGCGCCGGGCGCAGAGGACCACAACCACCACCUGGCGCUGGAUCCCUGCCUCAGUGACGAGAACUAUGACUUCAGCUCCGCCGAGUCGGGCUCCUCGCUGCGCUACUACAGUGAGGGCGAGAGCGGUGGCGGCGGCAGCUCCUCGUCACUUCACCCGCCGCAGCAGCCGCCUCUGGUCCCGUCGAACUCGGGGGGCGGCGGGGCGGCCGGAGGGGGCCCCGGGGAGAGGAAGCGUAUCCGGCCCGGCGGCGCCGCCGCCCGGCACCGAUACGAGGUAGUGACGGAGCUGGGCCCGGAGGAGGUGCGCUGGUUCUACAAGGAAGACAAGAAGACUUGGAAACCCUUCAUCGGCUACGACUCGCUCCGCAUCGAGCUCGCCUUCCGGACCCUGCUGCAGGCCGCGGAUGCCCGGGCCCAGGCCCAAGACCCGGAGGGCGAUCAUGCGGUCGGCCCACCCUCCGCUACUGGCCAGGCCUCCGGCUCCCUGGAGGACCACGAGGGGGACCGCGUCUGCGGCUUCUGUCCGCGCAUUACCGGGCACGGGCGCGAGAUGGAGGAGCUGGUGAACAUCGAGCGGGUGUGUGUGCGGGGCGGCCUCUACGAGGUGGAUGUGAACCAAGGAGAAUGCUACCCGGUGUACUGGAACCAGUCCGAUAAAAUACCAGUAAUGCGUGGACAGUGGUUUAUUGAUGGUACUUGGCAGCCUCUAGAAGAAGAAGAAAGUAAUUUAAUUGAGCAAGAACAUCUUAGCUGUUUUCGAGGUCAGCAGAUGCAAGAAAGUUUUGAUAUAGAUGUGUCAAAACCUAUAGAUGGAAAAAAUGCUAUUCAUAGCUUCAAGUUGAGUCGAAACCAUGUGGACUGGCACAGUGUGGAUGAAGUAUAUCUCUAUAGUGAUGCAACAACAUCUAAAAUUGCAAGAACAGUUACUCAAAAACUGGGAUUUUCUAAAGCAUCAAGUAGUGGGACCAGACUUCAUAGAGGUUAUGUAGAAGAAGCCACAUUAGAUGACAAGCCAUCUCAGACUACCCAUAUUGUAUUUGUUGUGCAUGGCAUUGGGCAGAAAAUGGACCAAGGAAGAAUCAUCAAAAAUACAGCCAUGAUGAGAGAGGCAGCAAGAAAAAUAGAAGAAAGACAUUUUUCCAACCAUGCAACACAUGUUGAAUUUCUGCCUGUUGAGUGGCGGUCAAAGCUUACUCUGGAUGGAGACACUGUUGAUUCCAUUACUCCAGACAAAGUACGAGGUUUAAGGGACAUGUUAAACAGCAGUGCAAUGGACAUAAUGUAUUAUACAAGCCCACUUUAUAGAGAUGAACUAGUUAAAGGCCUUCAGCAAGAGCUGAAUCGAUUAUAUUCCCUUUUCUGUUCUCGGAAUCCAGACUUUGAAGAAAAAGGGGGUAAAGUCUCAAUAGUGUCACAUUCCUUGGGAUGCGUAAUCACUUAUGACAUAAUGACUGGCUGGAAUCCAGUUCGCUUGUAUGAACAGUUGUUGCAGAAGGAAGAAGAGUUGCCUGAUGAACGAUGGAUGAGCUAUGAGGAGCGCCAUCUUCUUGAUGAACUCUAUGUAACCAAACGACGGCUGAGAGAAAUAGAAGAACGGCUACAUGGAUUGAAGGCAUCAUCUGUGACACAAACACCUGCCUUAAAAUUUAAGGUUGAGAAUUUCUUCUGUAUGGGAUCCCCACUGGCAGUUUUUUUGGCGCUGCGCGGCAUCCGCCCAGGAAACACUGGAAGUCAAGACCAUAUUUUGCCCAGAGAGAUUUGUAACCGAUUACUAAACAUUUUUCAUCCAACAGAUCCAGUGGCUUAUAGAUUAGAACCGUUAAUACUGAAACACUACAGCAACAUUUCACCUGUCCAGAUCCACUGGUAUAAUACUUCCAAUCCUCUACCUUAUGAGUGUAUGAAGCCAAGCUUUCUUCACCCAGCAAAAGAACCUACCUCAGUUUCAGAAAAUGAAGGUAUUUCAACAGUACCAAGCCCUGUGACCUCACCAGUCUUGGCCCGCCGACACUAUGGGGAAUCUAUAACAAAUAUAGGCAAAGCAAGUAUAUUAGGGGCUGCAAGCAUCGGAAAGGGACUUGGAGGAAUGUUGUUCUCAAGAUUUGGACGUUCAUCUACAUCACAGCCAUCGGAGACAAGAGACGCUGUAGAAGACGAGAAGAAACCGGUCACCUCACCUCCUACGACCACCGUGGCAGUGCAGACCCUUCCACAUAGUAGCUCUGGCUUUCUUGACUCUGCAUGGGAAUUGGAUCACAGAAUUGAUUUUGAACUCAGAGAAGGCCUUGUGGAGAGUCGCUAUUGGUCAGCUGUCACGUCGCAUACUGCCUAUUGGUCGUCCUUGGAUGUUGCCCUCUUUCUUUUAACCUUCAUGUAUAAACAUGACAAGCAUGACAAUAAUGCAAAACCCAAUUUAGAUCCAAUCUGAACUCCUAAAGGACAUUAGUGGCCCCAAACUGAUUUUUUUCUGUUAAAAUAUGUAUGUCAAGAUAUGAAAGUUUCAAGUUUAAAUAUGUCUCAGUUUUGUUUAGGGCAAGAAGAUUUUAAUUUAAAAGCACUUUAUAUUAUUUAAAAACAAAACGUAUGUUCAGUCCGAAAAAAGUUAUUUAGUUUUCAUCAUUUUAAUUAUGAGUCUGACAGAACCCCCUACAGAAUCAAACAAGACCUGGAAGUGAGGAAGGUUUGGGUAGACUGCAGGGUUCUAAUCACAACCUAACUUCUUCCAAAUAUAAAGGCAUAGUAAUGGGUUGAAUCUAAUUUACUAACCAAAAUGUGUUAUAAAUCUCAAAUGCUUAAGGUUCAGGGUAUUCUGUAUAAAGAUCACAACGUGGUAUCAUUGUUUUAGAUUUCUAUGAAAGCUUCCAUUUCCACAGUUCCUUUGAAACAUGAAUAUAACAGAUUUAAAAUGUUUUGAGUUUAACUUGUUUCAAAGAACUAAUGCUAAAAAACAUUUGAGCUACUGUAUUUCUAAUUUAUUACCUCUAACUAAUUGCUUUAUGUCAUUGUGUGAAACAUUACAUUUUUUAAAUAUUUCCUUUGAACAAUAUAAGAACCACAUUUAUUUUCUAUAGUGUUAAGACCGUUUUUUCUCAGAACUCCAUCUUUGUACUCUUCAGAUGAAUAUAUAGACACUGUGGCAUACUUUCAGUAUUUUUUUCAUUAAAAACUUAUAGUUUCACACAAGUAAUGGUAGUUCAGUUAUUUUGGAAAAAAUGAACUUUUUAUUAUGUCACAUUACCUCAGAGAAAGCCAAAGUUUUCUAAACCUAACACAGUAUUCCAUCAUGGGUACAUUAAUUAACUUUACUGGAAAAUUAGUAAAGUUCUUUGGAGUGGGGAGUAUAACAACUAUUUAAAUGUAUAAAUAAAUAUCUGUGUGCCAAACAACAUACAAAAAGGGGAUGGAGUGUCACUAACAAAGUUUAUUUUUAAAGUGUAAAGGAAUCAUAAUUGAGACAUAGGCACAAUAGUUCAGGGCAUUGGAGAAGUUUCCUCAGCUGUAAUUUUUUCCACAGUGCUUUUCAUCUGAGGAGCUCAAAGUGCUUUGAGAGUCAAUAAUCUAUGUAGUAGCUCCCUGAGGUAAGUAAAUGAGUAUUAUUUUCAUGUUACAUGUUAAUACACUAAGGCAACAAAAUAUUUAAAGUGCCUUGGAUUAUAUUACAGAGCAAAUCGGAAGAAUUCACUUUGAAGACUGACCAUAUUCUUUUAUGUGCUGUUCAUUGGCUAAUAAUUCAUGUGUGACCUCUUAUUUCGCAAACAAUAAUAACAGAAGUUGCCAUUCAUAAUUUGAAGAAAAGACUGUGAAGCCAGUACUUUACCCUCCUAGUCAUGUACAUUCUUCGGUUCUCACACACAGAGGAGGAGUUACUUAGAAGAAGGAGAUCAGUAGCCUCUCUGCCACAGCCAACCCUCCCUUCUGAGUGUCAUCCACUAGGUUCCACUUAAGGUGCUGUCUUUGCUUAUCUUAGCUUUCCAGGAAUCACAGUCAAACUGGGAGCAAAGUUGGUCAGUCACACAUCUCACCUCCUUUCUUUAUAAGAUAGCAGAAUCUUUGGCUUGUAGGUUUUACUCAGCACUGUCAGUCCUCUAUCUUUUUUGGCCUUUCAUUAGAUUUGCAAAACAUAAAACACUUUUUAGUGCUUGAAAAGAUCCCAAGACUUCAUGCCCAAAUAUGUGACUCACUAAGAAACUUUUGCUAUAAAAGGCUUUUGAUGCGAUCUUAGCAAAGCUGAAGCAAUGUCUUUCGAAUUUAGAGAUUCCUGUAAACUCAGGUCAUUCUUAUACCCUGUUUAUUUUGUAGGUCUAUUUAGUUCUCAGGAGAAUUAAACUCAUGUCUCGUGACUGUAUCGUUAAAGGUUUUUGAGCCUAUGUUGUUGUGGGUGGUAUGACACUCAAAUGCCUAAGAGCUUUAAGGGAUUCAUACUUAACCACUAGACAGCCCUUUUUACCUGAGAAGAGCAAAAUCAAAUCUUUUUAAUUUGAUAUUGAAGAAGAAAAGUAAGUUCCCAUAGCUAUUAGGAUAUAUGUGCUUCCCUUUUUUCAUAUUGAGGGGAAAAAAAUCAAAUUUAACCACAUGAAAGUUAUUUGAAUUCUUGAAAAGAAAAACAUUCAAAACCACUUUUUCAGGAGUUCCUGUCGUGGCGCAGUGGUUAACGAAUCCGACUAGGAACCAUGAGGUUGCGGGUUCCGUCCCUGCCCUUGCUCAGUGGGUUAACGAUCCCGUGUCGCCGUGAGCUGUGGUGUAGGUCGCAGACACGGCUCGGAUCCUGCAUUGCUGUGGCUCUGGCAUAGGCUGGCGUCUACAGCUCCGAUUCGACCCCUAACCUGGGAACCUCCAUAUGCCGCGGGAGCGGCCCAAGAAAUGGCAAAAAGACAAAAAAAAAAAACCAAAAAAGAAACCACUUUUUCAAAAUGAGAUACUCUGUAUUAUUGGACAGGUGUUUUGCCUUCAAUUCAUUAUUCCAUCAACAGAGAUGGCAAUUUUGACUUUACAGUACUCUUCUUCUUUCCAUGUCUCUGCAUGUUACCAUGGAAUGUACUUGUAUAUACUCAAGUAAUAUACAGAGUAUGUAAUUCUAGCUUGAUUUAGAAGCUAAGUCAGUUACUGAGUAACAUUUUGCAAGUUUAUUCCGGCAAGUACUAAAUUGGCCAAAAGUUCUGUUUUUGAUACCAUUAAAAUUUUAUUCUCUA